AUGUUUUCUGUUUUUGGUAAAAAUGGUCGAGAUUGCAGUUCUUUCGAAUUUCCUAAUUUUGAGACACAAUCGUCUCAAAUACUUCGUUCAUUAUUUAAAAUAAAAUCAAAAAAUCCAUCUCCAAUUAAUCCAAAAAUAAAUUUUUUCGAUAUAGUUGAUCAAAAUUUCCAAUCAAUAGAUGAUACAAAUUCGUUUCAUUCACUUAGUAAUCUUGAUGGUUUACAAUGUGGAAUUCGGGAAAUAAAUUAUGUACCUCCAAGACAAUUUCGUUCUAGUAGAAUUAUAGGUGGCCAUGAAGUUCCUUAUGGUGCUUUCCCUUGGCAAGUAGAUAUACAAAUUUAUAAUUAUCGAGCAAGAAGAUUUCAACAUCAUUGCGGUGGCGCUUUAAUCGAUGAUCAAAUUGUUAUAACUGCUGCCCAUUGUCUUCAAGUUCCGAAAAUACAAUAUUUAAGAAUUGUUUUCGGAAAUCAUUUUUUGAUGCAACGAAAUCUUUUUGAACAUGGUUAUCGGGUCGAAGAUAUAAUCAUUCAUCCAAAUUACAGAAAAGAUGGACCAUAUAGUAAUGAUAUUGGACUACUACGUAUUAGAACUCCUCAUUCAAUUGGGAUUGGUUUUAAUUCACAUAUAAGAUCAGUUUGUUUACCAGAUGUCAAUAAUUCACCAAAAGUAGGUUCUUGGUGUACAGUAACUGGAUGGGGAGCUUAUAAUGCUGAUAAUUUACAAGAAAUCGCCAGUUCUUUACGUGCGGCAUCAGUUCCGAUUUUGGAUUUGGACAUAUGUAAACAAAAAACAGUAAAUGGAAAUCGUGCUCAAAAAGUUUUAGAUUCUAUGUUAUGCGCUGGAUUCAUACAGGGAGGCGUAGAUGCUUGCUCUGGAGAUAGUGGUGGUCCCUUAACCUGUGAAGUAAAUGGAAAAUUUGUUAUAAGUGGAAUAGUAUCAUGGGGAGAUGGCUGUGCGAGAAAAAACCGUCCUGGAAUUUAUACUAAAGUAGAUGCUUACACGAAUUGGAUCAGAGAAACAAUUGAAAAAUUAAAAAUUUAAAACGAUUUUUAUGUAUGCAAUCUAAUCCUGAUUAUUGUAUAUGCUUAA